AUGGUUAUAAUUUGGAUCUUGUUCCUGAGUUUGGUGCCGGAGCCCUGGUUCCCAGGGCGGGCCGCGGGGCUGCCCGGGGCCGCCGGAGCCUCCCCGAGCGACCCCCGGCCCCGCCGGGAUGCGGGGGGCCGCGGCGGCGUCUACGAGCACCUCGGCGGAGCGCCCAGGCGCAGGAAACUCUACUGUGCCACCAAGUACCAUCUCCAGAUCCACCCCAACGGCAAGAUCAACGGCACCCUGGAGAAAAACAGCGUCUUCAGUAUUCUUGAAAUAACUGCUGUUGAUGUUGGAAUCGUUGCCAUCAAGGGCUUGUUCUCUGGCAGAUACCUGGCCAUGAACAAAAGGGGCAGACUUUAUGCAUCAGAAAAUUAUAAUGCAGAGUGUGAGUUCGUGGAGAGGAUCCAUGAAUUGGGUUAUAACACCUACGCAUCCCGUCUCUACCGGACUGUACCCAACAGAGCCGGCACCAAGCGCAAAGCCAGUGCGGAGAGACUCUGGUAUGUCUCAAUCAAUGGGAAAGGACGACCCAGAAGGGGCUUUAAAACUCGUAGGACACAGAAAUCAUCUCUCUUUCUGCCCAGAGUAUUGGAUAACAAAGACCAUGAAAUGGUCCGACUGUUCCACACAAAUGUGAAAUACCGAGAGAGUCUCCUGAAGCCCCCAAGCAAGAACCAGCGAAGAAGGAGAGGACGCUGACGGGGAUGGGGGGAGCUUGUAUGGGGGCUGGAAGUGACUGAGAGUCUUCAAAAUGCUACUAAAAAAACUAACAGCUGUGAUUGUAUGACAGGCAUUAACGGACAUUUUUUAUACACUGUAUAAUAUAACUGAAAGUCACAUCACUUACUUCUAGCUAUUGUAGAAUUAUUAUCUGUGGUAAAAGAGAUGUGAGAUAAGGCACAUUCAAAUGUAAA